AGAAGGAGAAGAAGAAGAAGAAGAAGAAGAAGAAGAAGAAGAAGAAGAAGAAGAAGAAGAAGAAGAAGAAGAAGAAGAAGAAGAAGAGAGGCGUAGCCCACUAGAGUCUGUGGCCGUCUACAAGUGUUUGUGAGAGUUCGGGUCUCUUUUCUCGGAGGUUAUUCGUGCGCCGGUUUCACGUAGAUGGCUUAAAACGAGUUUAUUUAUAACCCUGGACGGUGAACGCGCUGGGCUUUAAGUCGUCAACAAGUAACGGCAGAAAUGCGUUUACUCUGCAUGCUGGUGCUGAUGUCAUGCGACUUCUCCCUGGGCUACCCCGUUCCUGUAGAUAUCGUCAUCGUGCAGGUCCAGCAGCGGCGGGUGGUGGGUGCUCAGCAGGUCGUGGAGCAGGUCCUUCUCAAUGGGGUCUCUCUUACUGGCAAAAGCCAGGAAGUUGAUGGCAUCAUCCAGACCAUGUCAGCGGAUCCAUUUCUUCCAACUCUUGUCAGUUUUAACCAGACUUCAGUUAUGAGAAACCACACUGUCCUUCGUUCUCGUGAAUGCAUACUGGAGGGGUCUCAGCUGCACUGGGCCGACCGUGUGUUCUAUGAUGGGAAGGUCUAUCUGACUCUGGACCACACCGGCACGUGGAGGGCCCACGGACCGGAAGCGCUGGCUUUCAAAGCGGUGUGGGACCGGGAGGAGCCGAGCACACAGACGGAGAGCACCCACCUGCGGGAGGGCUGCAUCAAUCUGAUGAGAGAACUGAUGCUUUCGGAGGAGCCGUCAGUUCCAGGAAUUUCCGUGCCUCAGUUUGUGAUGCCAAUCUUGGCGUUCCUGGUAUUUACAGGACUCAUCAUAAUCAGCCUCCGCCUCGCCAAAAAGCAUGGUUUGAGGCACCCUGGAGGUGUAAUUGGCUCCAUCGUACAUUACCCUACAGACAUGUCUGAAACGACUACAGACCCAAAGGGCAGCGGCUACAGGAGCUUGUAGUUCAAAGCUGUGGAACCGGGUCCCGUUUGAGCUUUCUACUCCCGUCCUCCUGCUGACGGUCCACUUUCUGAUUUACCACUCCCUCGUCCCGUGGACAGCGUUGCUCCAUGAAUGUAACCAAAAUGUUGCUACAGCACCAAAAGCCACCAUAUGUAACACGUGUGGUCCAGAUUCCAAACAGCAUUAUUUUAUGCACUUUAAUUCAUGGAUCACAUGUAUAUACUUAUUAAUUGAAUACGCACCAAGAAAUGUCAACAUGUUCACUGCCUGCAGCAAUGUACAAGCUUAUUUUUGCACAACGGAUGAUAUUUUCUCGACUAAGCUAUUCAAUUCAACAACUUAUGUGGAAAUGUAUAAAAUAAACUUUCUAUUUCAAGUGUGUACAGUAUAUAAUGCAUGACAGAUGAUCUCUGCUGAGUCGAAUGUUAUGUUAUGCCACUGAUGGACCAAUCACGCUGAAUACUGAAUGGACCACUGUAAGUGGGUCCAGUUCUCCAAAGAGGUGGACCACGCUGUGUUGUUGUGGUGUUUGUUUGAGAUGCCAUCCUUAUGGUUCUCAUAUUUCUUAGUGAUACUGUCUCCAGUGUGAAAUUCUAAGUGAAUUUUUGUGGUGAAUAAAUAAUAUAGACUAUCAACACAAACUUG